UGAACCUGAUGUUCAGCACAGCAAAGUGCAAGGGAAUAUCGGUGGCCCUGCACGUGGCAGGGGGUUGGAGCUUCAUUGAUCCUUGAGGUCCCUUCCAACCCGGGCCGUUCUGUGUGUCCUUCCAACCGCGGCUGAAUUGGGGGGAGGCGGGAAACCUCCGCUCCGCCAGGGGGCGCUGUGGGACCGCGGCGGCCGCCUGCUCUGACGGAGCGCAGCGCGCGCCGCGUUGUCUGCCCGGAGCCGCCGCCAUGGAGCCGGGCGGCGGGAGCGGGGAGCGGGUCGCGCCUUGGGGCGUAUGCGAGGAGACCGCCAUCCUGCACGGCGCCUUCCUGCUGGCUUCCAGGCUUCUCCAACCGCGGCCUCUGCGGGAGCUGCGCAAAGCCGAAUGGCCGCUGGUCGGGCCGCCCAUCACCGACGCGCUGAGGGAAAUCGGCGCCCGCUGCCCCUCGCCGCGGCAGCACAGGCUGUGGAAGCAGGAAGCCGUGGCCAUCGUGUGGGCCAAGGUGCUGCUGCCCGCCCCUCCCGCCGCCUCUCUGGACCGGGAAUGGAAGGAAGACGCCUUUUUCUCCGUGGGCGCGAUGAUCCCCGACGUUAACCGCACGGUUCUCUUCGAGCUGGUGAAAGCCCUGGCCGCUCCCCGGCUCUUCGUGCAGCUGCUGCUGGCGCUGCCGCACGCCGUGUGCCGGGCUGAGCUGCGGCGCCUGGUGCGGUACGUCGGGCAGGACACGGCUCCGUCGGAUGUCGGAUUCCUCCUGGAUGUGUGGUGGGAGGCGAUGAGACAAGGGCGGGAUCCGGAGGAGGGCACUGUCGCCGCGUUCGGCUCCCUCGUGCGUGAGCACGGCUGUGAGCGCGCUCUGGAUGAUGGCUUGCGGCCCCCGAAGCGGUUCAAGGAGGACCCCGGCUUUCUGGAUGGCUCUUCUGCCGCUAACAGCCUGCUCGUGGUCCUCAUCGAGGGGUUAAAGCAGACCUACGGGAGCAUCGCCUCACCGCGCAUGAAGUGCUAUGCCCUGGGCAACCUGGUGGAGCUGCUGUCUGUGUUCACCGAGCUGGAGCCGCAGGGCAGCCCCCUCACCGUUGCAGAGUACCUGGCCAAGAUUAGCUCGGUGGUCAGCCUCUGGAACAGUGAUGCUGAAAGCCAGCACCACCACAGCGGGCUGGACGAGAAAGUGAAGGAAGCUGAGAGGACCGUGAGCUUCUCAUCCAUGGCUAAGCUGUCACGUGAAGAACUGAUAGCUGGCUUGGACUUUCUGCACAGCUUGUUGCGUGCCUGGGGAGAGGAGCUGCAGGGCGUCCUGAGCAGCACAGAGAAUCAAUGCUAUGAGAGCUGCUGGCUCCUUGAUAUUCUUCCCACCUUCAGGAAGGCCCUGGUUUGCUUCUCUGAGACUGGAGACCUGAGUGAGGAUGAGAUGCGUGUUGCAUUAGAACUGGCACAGACAAUUGAUGACUUUCUCAAGGAGAUAAGCACCACUCAGAAGAACAAAGAUUUGAACACCAGCCUUGCAUCUUCAGUUGCCAUGACAAUCAUUGAGCAAAAGCUGAACCGGCACAUGGAGGUGUGCUCCAUUUUUGCUUCUGAAAAGACCUGGGCCUUUUCAAAAGACUGGGUUGACUGCCUUGUGAAAAACAGAGCUCUUUUCCAGAAACCAGAGCUAGUUUUGAAAUUGCUGGAGACUGUGGUGAACUUUGCCACAUCCUGCAAAGACAGGGAGGCCCAGGAGAUGCAGUUGCAAGUGACCAAAACCAUCGUGGAAUGUUACAGUGAGCUUUCACUAGCAGACAAAAACGAAGUGAUCUCAGGUGUUCUGGAGGCUUGGGGUGGGCCAGGGCUCUCCCUGAACUUGCAGGUUGUCGUGGAUGGAUUCCAGGAGGACCUCAAUGUGACUUUCAACCAGAUCACCAAAAGUGUAUCUGAUGAAGGCCUUACCAGGGCUGUGGCUGCUGUGGCUAGGCUUGCUCUGCUGCACCCUGAGGCCACUGUGAAGCAGAUUUGUAGUCUUGCUGUAGUCAACCUAGGAGCACACCAGUUGCUGGCACAAAUCCUCUGCUCUUUCCCAGCACUGAGCUUCCUAGAGGUGCAUGAUGAUCCAGGCAGACCACGCAGUCUGGUGGUACGGUGCCUGAAGGAGGCAGCAUGGGAGAAGCUUUCCUCUGCAAGGGAGGAGGAGCAGUUUCUUGAGUUUUUGGCCUUUCUCAUGCAGCCAAGUUCAGCUGCCCCACUUGUAUCACCUGCAGAAGUGACCAAAGCUUUUGUCCUUCCCUAUUUGAAAUCAGACUGUGCUCAAAUUGAGCUGAGCCUGCAGAUCCUCAGUAAAGUUUUGGAGAUACAGUCCUAUCCAGAAGAGCACUGGAUCAAGUCCUGCCACCCGUUCCCACUUCUCCUCAGCCUCUGCAAGCUUCUAGAUGGCUACACAAAGUACUGGCAUCAGCCCAAGGAGCAGCUCUUCCCAUCCCUGGAGAUCAAAGACCUGGUGCUGAAUGUCCUCGGCCGGCUCUGUGAGGUAAUGACUCCAGAAACUGCCUCCUCCCCAGAGGUUUGGGUCCAGUCUCUGGCCUGGCUUCACAGGAAGGUGGCAUCACUGGACUGGACCAUCGGUCUCCGUUUGAAGAAGUUUUAUGGAGAGCAUUUCAAGAAUGAGGUCCCAGCAACGCUAUUUGAGAUCUGCACGCUCCCUGAAGAUGAAUGGACAUCCCAGCCUUUGCCAGCCUACGGGCCGGGCAGCGGGCUGCUGGCAUGGAUGGAAUGCUGCUGUGUGUCCACUGAGCUCAAAGAUACGAUGCUCUCACUCCUCGUGGUCAACGUGGACAACCCUGAGGAAGUGAAUCUCUUCAGCAAAGGCUUCCUGGUGGCUUUCAUACAGGUCCUCCCUUGGUGCAGCCACAGUGAAUGGAAGAGGCUUGUGCAUGUGGUCACAAACCUGCUGGAGAGGCAAGUGUUGCAUGUGCCCUACACACUGGAGUACGUGCAGUACAUGCCCCUGCUGAACCUCCGGCCAUUUGCCUGCUACCUCCAGCUCUCCGUGCUCUUCCUGAGGGGCUUCCAGCUCCUCUGCAGCUCCAGCUGUUCCACCUGGCUGCCACCACAGGCUUGGCUCCACGUGGUCCAGCUGUACUGCAGCAGCCUCACAGACCUGCUGAGCUCCAUCAAGAGCGCCACAGGGUCUCCCUUGCACCCCGCUGAAGACAGGAGCUCCACAGAGGAGGUGUCCUUUGUCUGCAUCCAGGUGUUUUGCCACCUCCUGCACGUUGCAGCCAUGCUGCCUCCAGAUAGUGGGUGCACUGAGCUGCUGGUGGUGGUGGCCUUGGAGGUCCUCUCUCAGUACGAGGUGUUCAGCUCUGCAGAUUCGUCCCCCAGCAAUGUGCUGAGGAGAGCCAACGAGAGGCACUUCCUGGAGUCCAUCACUGACAACAUCAGGGACAAGGCACUGUGCAGCCCCCUCCUGCAGAAGCUCAGCAAGCUGGGUGCUUAGGCAUCCCACUCGGCCAGGGAUAGCCUGAAGAGUUAAAGGGAGAAUCAUAGGGGAGCACUGACCCUGCUGCAAGGGACCACUAUGUGGAAAGCUGUAAGAUCUGUAAUAAACCUCAUCUAUUUUCCACUUUCGAACCCAUUUCUUCCCUGCUCUGUUCUCUCGAAGCCUCU